CGGGAGCGGGGCCGUGCCCGGAGCGGGGCCGUGCCCGGAGCGGGGCCGUGCCCGGAGCGGGGCCGAGCCCGGAGCGGGGCCGUGCCGGGGCCAUGUCGGCGCGGACGCUGCCGCUGUUGUUCCUGAACCUGGGCGGGGAGAUGCUCUACAUCCUGGACCAGCGGCUGCGCGCCCAGAGCAUCCCCGGAGAGAAGGCGCGCAAAGAUGAAUGGACAGAUGUGGACAGGAAACGAGUUAUGAACGACAUCAUCAGCACCAUGUUCAACAACAAAUUCAUGGAGGAGCUGUUCAAACCCCAGGACCUGUACUCCAAGAAAGCCCUGCGCACCGUGUACGACCGGCUGGCUCACGCCUCCAUCAUGAGACUCAACCAGGCCAGCAUGGACAAGCUCUACGACCUCAUGACUAUGGCCUUCAAAUACCAAGUGCUGCUGUGCCCUCGGCCCAGGGACAUUCUGCUGGUCACGUUCAACCACCUGGAUGCCAUCAAGGAUUUCAUCUCCGACUCCCCUGGCAUUCUGAACCAGGUGGAUGAGACCUUCCGGCGGCUGAUUGAAACCUACAACUGUCUCUCUGAUGGUGAAUUCCAGCUCAUCAGGCAAACACUUCUCAUUUUCUUCCAGGACAUGCACAUCAGGGUCUCCAUCUUCCUGAAGGACAAAGUGCAGAACUCCAACGGUCGCUUCGUGCUGCCCAUCUCAGGACCUGUCCCGUGGGGCACAGAGGUGCCAGGGCUCAUCAGGAUAUUCAAUCACAAAGGAGUGGAAGUUAAAAGGGCUGAGUUCACCACUGCUGGGAAUUACGUUACUCCACAAAGGGAAGGAUCUUUUGAGCUUUAUGGAGACAGAGUCCUCAAACUUGGAACAAAUAUGUACAGCGUGACCCGGCCAGUGGAGACACACAUGUCAGGAUCAUCCAAAAACCUGGCAUCCCAGGCAAAGGAGCACACAGCCCCCAACCCUCUUGCUAAAGAAGAGCUGAACUUUCUGGCCCGGCUGCUGGGAGGUUUGGACAUCCAGAAACCCGCUGGUGGCGACUCGGGAUUUCGGCUGAACUUGUUCACAACCGACGAGGAGGAAGAACACGCUGCACAGACCAGACCAGAGGAGUUGUCCUACAAGGUUAUCAACAUUGAAGCCACACAGGAGCCGGGGCGGCGGGCGGAGCUGGCCCGCAUCCUGGGCGAGCUGGACGCGGCGGAGCCGCGCCCGGGCAGCGCCGCGAAGGGCGAGGACCUGCUGGCACUGAUGGACGGGCUCUGAGCGGGACGCGGGGACACCGGGACACGCGGACACCGGGACAAGCGGACACCGGGACACGGGGACACCGGGACACACGGACAGCACGACACGCGGACACUGGGACACGGAGACACCGGGACAUGGAGACACCGGGACACGGGAACAUUGGGACAAGCGGACACCGAGACAUGGAGACAC